AUGAGCAGCCAAUAUCAAGAAGAGAACUGCUCCGAGAGGCCCGAAUGCAAAAGUAAAUCGCCAACUUUGCUCUCCUCCUAUUGCAUCGACAGCAUCCUGGGCAGGAGGAGCCCUUGCAAGAUGCGGCUGCUAGGAGCAGCUCCUAAUCUGUCGCCUCUGGCCAACCGGACGGAGCCGGACAAGGCAGGGCAAGGACCAGGCAAGGGCAGCCCACCCGGUUUCGAGAUGGGCGAGCUGCAUCUGCCGCCCAAGUUGCGCCGCCUCUAUGGGCCUGGUGGGGGCCGAUUGCUGGCGCGGGCCGAGCCAACCGCUUCGUCGUGGGACUCUCUCAAGAUCAGCCAGGCGCCACAGGUCAGCAUCAGUCGAAGCAAGUCCUACCGGGAGAACGCGCCCUUUGCGCGUACCGCUCGUACCCUCGAGGACUUGAGCAGCCCUGGAGGUGGCGGCAGCUCCGACGGUAGGCCAAACCGAGGGGAGGAACUGCUGGAGGAGGAGGACGACGACGAAGAGGAGGAAGAGGAGGAAGAGGAGGCCGAGGAGGUGGAUGAGGAGUUGGACGAGGACGAUGAACUACUAACCGAGGCCAAAGAUGCCCGCCGGAGCUCGGGGUCCGCGGGUGGGACUGGCGUGGGGCCUACGGCGAUAGGAAGCGAGGGUGCCGGUGACUUGCCCAAGGAGGAGCUACUGCUCCCUGCAGACGAUCUGGCCGACUGCAAGGAUGGUGAGGACAGCGUGUGCCUGUCGGCGGGCAGUGAUUCCGAGGAAGGGUUGCUCAAGAGGAAGCAACGCCGUUAUCGCACCACCUUCACCAGCUACCAGUUGGAGGAGCUCGAGAGGGCCUUCCAGAAGACCCACUACCCAGACGUCUUCACCAGGGAAGAGCUGGCGAUGCGCCUGGAUCUGACUGAAGCCAGAGUGCAGGUCUGGUUCCAGAACCGGAGAGCCAAAUGGCGGAAGAGGGAAAAGGCCGGUGCUCAAAGCCACCCACCCGGCCUUCCUUUCCCUGGCCCGCUGUCGGCAUCUCAUCCGCUCAGUCCCUACCUUGAUGCUAGUCCUUUCCCUCCUCACCACCCAGCUCUCGACUCUGCCUGGACGGCCGCCGCCGCCGCUGCCGCCGCCGCCGCCUUUCCCAGCCUCCCACCUCCACCUCCGGGCUCUGCAGCCUUGCCCCCCAGCAGCACCCCGCUAGGCCUCAGCACUUUCCUGGGAGCGGCUGUAUUUCGGCACCCGGCUUUCAUCAGCCCAGCUUUUGGCAGGCUCUUUUCCACCAUGGCCCCGCUGACUAGCGCUUCCACUGCGGCUGCUCUGCUGCGACAGCCAGCCCCUGUUGUGGACAACGCCGUGCAAUCGAGCGGCCUCUCUGACCCGGCCACCGCGGCAGCGGACCGGCGCGCCUCCAGCAUUGCGGCGUUGCGCCUGAAAGCCAAGGAGCACGCGGCGCAGCUCACGCAGCUCAAUAUCCUCCCCGGGAACAGCGCGGGCAAAGAGGUGUGCUAA